GCCCAUAUUCAGUAUUCUUUAUAUUUUGGGUGUGUUUUAGAAGUAGCAGCAUUAUUCGACAUUUUUCUGACACAUGGUUGUGUUCUAGUAUUUAAGCUAUUAUACUUUACUCAGCAUGUUUUAGUAUUAAUGCUGUAGUAGAAACCACAUGCAAAUAGACUUCAUUUUAUCACUCUUUUGGAUGAAAACAUAUGCUAUCAUUUCUGCUUUAUUUUGCCAGAUAAUUCAGUGUGUGUCUAAAAUACAAGUGCCUUCAACAGGUACAGGUGUUCACCCAUUAAAAUGAUAAGAUGCCUGUAUGUUAGGGCUUUUAGCAAUAAACUCAGGAACCCGAGGAGAAUUUUUUUUUUAGCAUUUUGAAUUCUAAUCAUAAUUCUGCUUAGAAUCUCAUUAAAGGGCUGCAGAACUGUUUGGGUACAAAAUUGGCACCUUGUCAAGAACUCAAGGUCGGCUGUGCUUGGAGAAGCCUUAAGAAGGAGAUCUGAUCUCCAAGGCAGCAAGGUUAGAAGGUCACUUCUUACCUUUCCCUAUUUUCCCUACCAUCCAAAGUGGUACAACACAAUCCUCUCUAUACGACUGCUCAGAAAGAAUAAUUGGAAUUUACUUAGCAGCAAACAACAUAGCUAAUAAAUUCAAACUGCCUUGAAUAUAAUUCCUUGGUUAUUUUAACUUGGUAGGGUAGAUUUAACUUGCUAGAUUUUCCAUUCAGUAUAGUGUAGUCAAGAGCAAGUCUGCCUGUCAGAUUCUAGGUAUUUUUUUAAAAGAUGUACCCCAUACCGUUUGGGUUUCAAAUCCGUAGCGCAAUCUUUACAGUGCCCUCCCUCUCUCCCUGGUUUAGAAAAGCUGCUCAGUAUUUCCAUCCAGAAAAAUUGGAGCCUCGUUAUUUGACAGAAGACGAAUACCGGGAACAAGGAGAAACAGAGACCGUGAAGGCCCUGGAGGAGUUGCGCGUAUUCUGCAGGAAUCCCACUUUCCCCUCUUGGGUAGCGGUGGUCAAACUGCAAUCUCCACAAAAGUUUGCAAACUUUGUUCUAGGUUCCCCUCAUGUAUCUGCUGAAGAAAUGACAGCCCACGAGGCACAGUAUGGCAUUGGAGGAGUCCUCCUGGAGCAACAGCUUUUCUACCAAGAGACACAGGCAGAACCAGAGCCCCUAAACGCUUCUCCUGAGGUGGAGGAGAGAAACAAAGAAGAGGGACUGAGACGAUUACAAUCAAACAUCCGGCAUUUCCAUAGUAGAGAAUUUCUUUGAGCUGCUGUCCAGAUCAGCAAAAAACAGGCAAUAACAUGCUUUUCUGAACUGUAGAGGGCAGUCAAGACAUUUUGAAGCAUAACUUCAUUGGUUUCCAGGAAGCGGUUAAGUUUGCAAACCCAUCAUGAUUAGAGUUAUGUAAGAAGGGAAUCCGUGCACAUCUGAACAAUACCGGAUUUAGCCAACGCCUCUGCUUAGAAGCACCAUUUGCUGAAGGUUUGACGAGGCAGCCUGUGGAGGGCUGGAGCACGGAAUUCUUCUCAAUUGUUCUGCCAAUUUACAAGGCU